UCGGUCAGCGGUGCAGGACGUGCGGUUGAAGCCGGCACUGAGGAUGGAGGCGGCCGGAGCUGAGGCGCAGCUGCUUCGGCCGUUCUCCUGCGAGCACGGCCUCCUGUCCCGGCCCGAUGGUUCGGCCUGCUUCACGCAAGGAGACACCACAGUUUUGGCUGCAGUGUAUGGACCCGCAGAGGUGAAAGUGAGCAAAGAGAUCUUUGACAAGGCCACGCUGGAUGUUCUACUCAAGCCAAAAGUUGGGUUACCAGGUGUUGCAGAGAAGAGCAAGGAACAGCUGAUUCGAAACACUUGUGAAGCCACCAUCCUGACUGCCCUGCACCCUCGAUCCUCCAUCACAGUCGUACUGCAGGUCAUCCAUGACUCUGGAUCCCUGCUGUCUUGUUGCCUGAACGCUACCUGCAUGGCACUUAUGGAUGCUGGGCUCCCAAUGAAAAGUGUCUUCUGUGGAAUUACUUGUAUGAUCGACUCUGAUAGAAACAUCAUUCUAGAUCCAACAACCACGAUGGAGAAGGGUGCAGCUGCCGUUCUCACCUUCUCCAUCGACAGCGUUGAGAACCAACUGCUCAUGUUGUCCACAAAAGGGUCAUACUCUGUUGAGGAGCUCCAGCAGUGUGUUGCAAUAUGCCAGAAGGCUGCAGAGAAGAUCUUUCAGUUCUACAGGGACUUGGUAAGCAGAAGGUACUCGAAACUAAGUGAAUAAAGAUGAGUGUGGAAUGGACCUUCCAGGCUGAGUCCUAUUGCACUGGAGAUGAGGACAAUAGAGAUGUGCUCUUGUUAAGAAGCAGCGAUUGUGCUUUGCUUGGGCUGUGGUCCUGAGCCCCUGCAGUUGACUGAACCUGUGGAUACGCUGGUCAGUGCCUGAGAGACUGCAAGCCAACUUUUGUCUUCCCCAACAUUCUGACUUUCUGCAUCAACUACUGUAUGUCAAACACUGGCUGAGUAUGUCUGAGAGUCAGGAAGAAGGAACACAUUUUUAAAAUAAAAUUCUGCCAAUGA